ACAGUUCCCUUCAACGGAUUCUCAAGUUGGUUUCUGUUAAUAACUAUUUUUCUAUCAAAAGUUGUUGCAGGCAUCAUUAAUUACAUGAGAUACAUAUAAAUACAACAUUAAAACAAAAGGAAUAAACUGAAGCAUACAUUUGCGAGUUUAUAAUAGUCUGUACUAUUCAGAAAUGGCAUCAAAAAAUGAAGGCAUAGUCAACGCAGCUUACGACCAUCCUGCAGACGAUAUUAACAUAAAUUUGAAUUACAACGACGGUGGAAAUAAAACAAAUGAAGUUGGCAAUUGCCAAAAAACUGAUAACUGUGAAGAUAAAGAAAUAAUUAAUGCAACUGAUGACAAUAGUGAAAAAUGUAUUGAAAUUAGUGUAAAAAUCAAUAAGAUUACAAAUACAAUAGACGACAGAGACAAAACAAUGAGUAUGGAAGACACAAACAUAGAAUUAUGUGAAUAUAAAAAAACAAAGUACAUUAUUGAAGAAAAUAACACAGCUAUUGGAAAUGUAACAGGAAAUAUAUCAAAUUUGUGGGCCGACAACAAUUUAACACAAGCAAACAAUGACACAAAUAAAAUUUAUCAUGACAAAUUUGACAAAACUAAGCAAAAUUAUUUUCAUAAAGGUGGCAUUAAUAAUAAUGCAAUCGACACGGAUAUAGAAUAUGAGAACGAAGGAAGAAUUAAAGUGGUACAUAGGAAUAAUUAUUACGAUAAACUGUCACAAAGUUUGUUCAAUUUGAACAGCAUUCUGAACGAAUCCAGUCUUGGGAGUGAUUUUAGAAGAAGUUUUAAUACGAAAUCCAAAAUGUCGACGGGAGAAACCAUGGAGAACAAGUUAGCUAAUAUGAAUAACGCCGUUCCCGGAAUGACGCGAAGCGACUACUCGCUGGUGUCGUGCACCGAGCUGACGACAGGACAGCUGUGGCUCAGUCUACCUGAAGAGGUCAAGGGUGAUCCGGCUUUUGAGUCGCUGAGACAGCUGUAUGAGAGCGAGCGAAGCAAAGAAACCAUUCCCCUAACCCUGAAAAACGGGUCGGCAUCGAAAACCAAGCGCCUACCGUCGGUGAAUUCAGCCCCUCAUCUCAACAAUAAUGUGAUGGCACCCGAGGAUGUCCCCAGGGUGGAGCUGUCCCCAUUAGGGACAGAGAAGGAGGAGAUUAAACUCAAAUGUAGCAACGAAGAAGGGCAACAUCACAAACAAUCCAAGAUCGCUAAAGCGCGCCACUACACAAAGAUGACAUUGCUCCUGGGCUGUUGGGUGUUCUUUACUGUGGUGUUCCUCAUGUACAAUGAGAACGAGGUCGUCACGAGAACCACCUACGUCACCAGCGAUGCGAAAAGUUACAUAUUAAAAGUCUCCGAGAAUCAACUGAGGAUUCUUCUAGAACUAUCUGGGCCGUUCUUGUCGGAGCAAAAUGAACAGAAGCUGAACUCAACGCAGCUGGCAAGCGCUGACGUGGUUGAGGUCUGGCUCGAGAGGUGGCGCUUGAGGCCUGGCAUCCUUCAAUAUAGUGGUGACAAUGAUAUCGACACUAAAGAGUUUUCACCGACAUGGAAACUGGUGCUUCAAAAUCGAGAAGACGUGGAUUUCAAUAUAGGCGAACCCCGCUCGCAAGUCCUUAACAUCGGCCCGCGUGACAUGAACACGACCGUCGUCUACGCGAUCAGAAUGAAUACUAACACUAAUAUAACGACGCCAUUAAAAAUGAGUUACACAUUGAAUCCGCUAGAUGUCAGUACUGGCGUGUUGUACGCGUGUGUGCUGUUGGUGGCGCUUUAUGUUCUUAUUAUAUUCGAAGUGAUCAACCGGACAAUGGCGGCUGUUAUGGUGUCAACAACUUCUGUAGCUGUACUGGCGAUAGUUGGCGAGCGGCCGUCUCUGCCAGAGCUGGUCUCCUGGCUCGACAUAGAGACUCUGCUGCUUCUCUUUAGCAUGAUGCUAUUGGUUGCCAUCAUGGCUGAGACUGGCAUGUUUGAUUUCUUGGCAGUCUUCACUUUUGAGGUGACCAAGGGAAAGCUAUGGCCGCUGAUAACUCUGCUGUGUGCCAUCACGGCUCUCCUGUCCACCUUCUUGGACAACGUCACUACUGUGCUUCUAAUGACUCCAGUCACUAUCAGGCUAUGCGAAGUGAUGGACCUGGACCCUGUGCCUAUCCUGAUGUCGAUGGUGCUGUACAGCAAUAUAGGGGGCACUAUGACUCCCGUCGGCGACCCCCCGAACGUCAUCAUAGCGUCCAACAAGGCGGUCAUCCAAUCUGGUAUAAACUUCACAAACUUCACGAUCCAUAUGUCGUUAGGAAUCCUGCUGGUGUGUGUACAGACGUAUUGUCAACUGAGAUACAUGUACAGAGACACCAACAAACUAAGGUUGAAAGUGCCAAGAGACAUACAAGAGCUCCGUCAUCAAAUCUCAAUAUGGCGUCGCGCGGCGGACUCCCUGCCACAUCUGAGUAAAGACGUCCAAAUAGUAAGGGAGCGACUGGAGCGAAAGAUCAAGAAGUUGAACGUGCAGUUGGACAACCGGUUGAAGGAGAACACCAAGCGAGCGUGUCCCAAGUCCACCUUCCAGAGUACCCUUCAGGAGAUGAAGGAUAAGUACAAGAUCCGUGAUAAGAUCCUGCUGGUGAAGGCGUCGGUGGCCAUCACGUUUGUGGUCGCCGUGUUCUUCCUCCACUCCAUACCUGAAUUCAACAGGGUGACCCUGGGCUGGACAGCGUUGCUCGGCGCCAUCUUGGUGCUGACGUUGGCUGACAGAGAGGAUCUGGAGCCGAUACUGCACAGGGUGGAGUGGUCGACGUUGCUUUUCUUCGCUUCCUUGUUUGUUUUGAUGGAGGCUCUGUCAAAGCUGGGACUCAUCCAGUACAUCGGCGGCCUGACAGAGUCCCUCAUUCUCAAAGUGGACGAGAGCUCGAGGUUGGCUGCAGCCAUCAUUCUAUUGUUAUGGGUGUCCGGGUUGACGUCAGCGUUCGUUGACAACAUCCCGCUGACGACCAUGAUGGUCAGGAUCGUGACGUCACUCGGGUCCAACCCCAAUCUCAAUCUGCCCAUGACCCCGCUUGUCUGGGCUUUAGCCUAUGGAGCCUGUUUAGGAGGUAACGGCACACUGAUUGGCGCGAGCGCAAACGUGGUGUGCGCAGGAGUCGCCGAGCAGUACGGUUACAAGUUCACCUUCUUGCAGUUCUUCAAGAUCGGCUUCCCCAUCAUGUUGGGACAUCUGGUCGUUGCGUCUUUUUAUCUUUUGAUGUGCCAUUGCGCUUUCGAUUGGCAUUGACGUUUAUUUUUUUUUUUUUUAUUAUGCGGUGAUAAAAAUAAAGAAAAGAAAGUGAAGUGCGUGACGUUUCAGAGUGCAUGAAAAAUGUAUAUUUUUGUUUAUUUUUUUUAACGUUUCAAUUACAAAUUAAUCGUACAAAUUUGUUGUUGUGACAACGGCAAUGGUGAUUUACGAUUUUGAAGAAGCAUAAUUUUGUUAGUAACAUGUUACGUGUUAUGUUCGUGGUAAACAUAACACGUAACAUGUUACUAACAUCCACAUGCUGUCUCUGAUAUCGUGUACGCGUCGUGUAAAAAACAGAGAACGUGUGGACGCAAUGACGGCUAGGUCAUUGCGUCCGCACGUUUAUGUUACGUGGUAGAAAUAUCAUUUUCUUGACAAAAUUUUACAGCAGUGACUCAGUCACAGGGUCGAAAUAUCCUUAUUAAUCUGUACUAUCUGACAGUUGCCUGGAUCUCACGAGAAAAAAACUUAUUCUAUAUAUUUUUUUGCUUUUUUUUAUAUAUUUAUAACACUAGAUUGCAUUCGAUGUUGAUUUGAAUACCCAAACCCUGUUAUGAAUAAAAAAAAGUCAAAGCAUACUUUAAGCUUGAAAGUAUAUUUUGUCUCUUUCUGUCAAUUUCAAAUAUCAUAAGGUGCGAUAGUGACAAAACACUUUAGCUAAAAGUAUGCUUUAACGCAUAUAAAUAACAGGGUACUUAAAUCUUGUAUGUGUGUAUUCGUCUGUGAUACCUAGCAAAUAUCAUUAUUUAUAUAUAUAUAUAUAUAUAUAUACAUAUAUA